AUGAUUUUUGACCUGACGAUAAAGUCCAGCUUUGACAUCAUCCAAUAUUGGUUGCAACAGGUCCAGGAUUAUUCGGGUAAAAAUGCUGUCGGCAACAAGGUUGACCUGGCCGAGAGCCGAGCCAUAGACCACGAGACGGCCUCCUCCCUGGCCCAGACCAUUGGGGCCAUGUAUGUCGAGUGUAGCGCUAAAACAGGGGACAACGUCGACCUGGUGUUCACAUCGCUUGCCGUCAAGUUCGCCAAUCGCGUGCCUGUCCAACAGGAAGAGCCUGUACGAUUAGAAUCAGGGACAUUUUACCAGGCUCCUUGUUAUGGGAAAGAUACAUGUUUGUCAUCCUAA